AUGGCGUCACAGUCCUUUGUCUCACUCUUGCUCUGUAUUACUGCAGCUCUUGCCGAGCCUAUCAUCACGAAACGCUCAGAUCCUCUGGGCGUCGACGUUUCAAGUUACCAGGGUACCGUUGACUGGAGCUCUUGGAAGUCUAAGGGCGUCACUUUUGCCUACAUCAAAGCGACUGAGGGAACCACUCUCAAUACACUGGUGCGACCAAUGCUGGUCUUAUUCCGCGGUGGUUAUCACUUCGCUCGCCCGGACUCGUCAACUGGUGCUGCGCAAGCUUCGUAUUUCUUGAAGCAUGGUGGCGGCUGGUCUGCCGACGGCAUCACCCUCCCUGGGGCGCUUGACAUAGAAUACAAUCCGAGUGGUUCUGAGUGCUAUGGCUUAAGUGCAUCAUCAAUGGUGUCUUGGAUCAAGAGCUUCUCCGAUGCGUACCACUCUUCGACCACCAGAAAUGUAAUUUACACCACUACCGACUGGUGGAAAUCUUGCACCGGUAAUUCCGCUAGUUUUGGGUCAAUGAAUCCCCUUUGGAUUGCUCAUCCCGGCUCUUCCAUUGGCACUCUUCCCGCUGGAUGGUCGUACACCACCUUUUGGCAAUAUGGAACGUCAGACAACACUGACGUUGAUAAGUUCAAUGGCGACUCCUCUGGUUUAGAGAGGUAA